UUUAAACGGAAACAGCAGUUAAAAAGAGACUUCCGUGGAGGAUCAAAUGCACUUGCUGUGUUAGCUGAACCAAUGGGAAUAAAAAAAAGACUUGCUUCCCCCAGACUGAACAGACCUGUAACCAGCACCAAAUAAUGAUCUCAACUGAGUGAGAACUUGUGGGUGAGAAACCAGGCUUUGAAGGUGCCUUAUGCAGAACUGAGGAAAGAGUGAGGCAGAAUUCAACAGACCACUCGAGAGUAAAAUGGAGAAUCCAUUGAUUUUAUCCCCUCAGCUAAAUACUGCUUCAAGAAUAAGAUCACUGUAUAAAAUAAUGAAGUCCAUGAGUAAAGAUGGAGGAAAGACAGAAACGAAAAGCAGGAAUCCAGAAAAGAGGAACCGUCUAAGUCUUCUGCAAAAAUCUGAAUUGUACCCAAAUGACAGCCUUGACAAAUUUGAGACAUUGAUCAAGACUCCAAGCAGGGAGUCCCCUGACACUGUUAAGAAGUGGGGUGAGUCUUUUGACAACCUGAUUACACAGAAAGCUGGAAUAGAUGCGUUCACAGCAUUCCUCAAAAGUGAAUUUAGUGAAGAGAACAUUGAGUUUUGGAUGGCUUGUGAAGAUUACAAGAAAAGCAACGAUAUGUCUCAACUCCCACUCAAAGCAAAGACAAUCUAUGAGACGUUCAUUGAAAAAGAGGCUCCAAAAGAGGUCAACCUUGACUUUAACACCAAACUCUGUACUAGUGAGAGCAUAAGUCACCCAACACUCCAUACCUUUGAUGCUGCACAGACCAAAAUCUAUGCUCUGAUGGAACAGGACUGUUACCCACGCUUCCUGAGGUCCAGCUUUUACUUAGAUGUGCUCCAUGGCAGACCUCAUGGCCACUCUGCGCUGAGAAGGAGAUCACGCUCUUUUACCUUCAAUGAAUUCAAGGAUGCCCAGCCAGAUUUUUCCAUUUGGCUAUAAAAAAAAGUCUUCCUUUGACUUUGCCAGUCAGAGUUCAUCUUCUUACCAACAAGGGGGGGGGAUCAUAAUCUGAGGUGGAUGACAUAGUGCAUCUUUACCAGUUUCUCAAGAUUUGUAUAUAAUUUCAUCUGAUAAUGUUCAAAGGUCUUUAUUUUCGUGCAUUGUGUGGAUGGCUUUUUUAUUUUAAGGUCAAUUCUAUCCUCCAGAGAGUAGUUUGAUAGCCAUGAGGGGUCAGAUACCAAAAAAAAAAAACUGGCACUGCAAUUUUGUGUCCACAGGGUGUGUGCAGUCAGCCAUAAUGUCCAAAUACAUUAUAUACAUACCUGUACAUUUAUAUGUCACAUAAAAAGCCCAAAUAAGAUAUGUGACUUUUGGUUGCAGUCCUAUACCCACUGAACUCAAGGAGACUUAUUUCUGAAUAAAUAAUGGUAGACAGUGGGCAUAUGUUACUAUCCAAUCUAUAAGUUGCCAGUUGACCUAUCCUUACAUAUUAUAAACCAAUGCACAAAAUAUUAACAUGUUGAGUGCAAAAAUCUUCAUACUCUACACUUUUAAAUACAGAAGAGAAAACAGUGAUACUCUACAUACGCAACUUUGAAAGAUGAGUGAAGAAACCCUACUUUGCAUGCCACAUGUGACCAGGAAAAGAUUGUGACUGCAGUCUUAAGGGCAUUGCAUUCAUAUGUGGAAUGACUUCUGGCAAAACCUGGCAGUGUUGUAGUAGAAUGAGUAGAGAGACCGGUAGGGUACAACUGUGGCCACACUGCUUUGGGUAGCAGGGACAAGAUGGUGAUAAGACUGAAGAACCUGAGGGUGGAUGGUCGAUGAGUCUGAAGAACUGCUCCAAGCUGGCCAAAUUAGCUGGCCAAGUUUAACUGAAAAUAUCCAUUCUCAAGGAGACUGCAGAAAAUAAGUUGUCAUGGAAACUAAAUAAUUAGGCAAUUGUAUCUUGAUAUGGGGUCAUGUGAGGAAAAUGUUCUCAGCUGGAAAGAACUGAUCAUAGGAUGAUCAAUAAAGGGUGUAAUAAUCCCACUACCUACAUGGUUAGGAACUGACAUAGAAGGACACAUCUUAGGGUGGGUAGUCAGAAUGCUGAUUAUGGCUUUGAAAAUCUUGGACGUGGAUUUUGGUGGUUUGUUGCAGCGUCUAAACUGUGCUUCCAUCCCUACUCAAUCUGUUUGUUUUUAAAUAAACACAAGUAUUUUAAAAAAUGCCA